CCCUCCGCGCUGCUGUAGCCCGUAGGAUGGACCGGAAGAUACAUCUGUCUUAUUGUGAACCGGCGGCGUUCAGGGUGCUGGCGAGGAAUUACUUGGAGGUGGAGGACGGGCACGAGUUGAUGGAGGAGGUGGAGGGGCUUCUGGAGGAGGUGAAGGUCACGCCGGCGGAGAUUGCGGAGGUGUUCAUGGGGUGUGAUGGAUGUGGAGCUGAUUUUGGGAUGAAAAUGGUGGUUGAGGAGUUGAGGAGGAAGAAAGAGGCCAUGUGUCCUCCGUUGUUGGAGGAGGAGGAGGAGGAGGAGAAAGGGGAUAAUGUCGAUUAACGAGAGUGAUAUUGUUUUAAUCUUAUUAAUAACGAUUUAGUUUAUCUUCUCAAGACUUUGGGUACUUUGUUUAACGAUAUAGUUCAUGGAUUCGCAUA